AGGAUUUGUCCUUCCCAAAGCUUGGGCAGAUGGAGGAGGCUGCGAGGAAGAGGAAGAUGCCUUGGGCCCCCCAGGCAGGCCCCGAGCUGAGGACGGAGAGCCCGGAGGACAAAUCCCCCCGGCAGAGCCUGGUGGGAGAGGCCGUUUUGAAGGGCUCCCCGGCGCAGGAAGGCAGCGGGAAGGAAAAGGGCCGGAGAUCCCCCCGCAGGAGGGGCUCCAAAGCCAGCCCAGGGGGCUCUGAGGAGGAAAGAGCCAGCCUGUGCCGGGAAGGCGGCCGGAGCUUGAGGGGAAGCUCUGAGCUGGUGGUCCCUGAGCAGCCUCCCAGCAGGGAGAAGCCCUUCAGGUGCUUGGAAUGUGGGAAGAGCUUCAGGAAGAGCACCCAACUCCUUGCCCACCAGCACAUCCAAACUGGGGAACGGCCCUACACGUGUAGGGAAUGUGGGAAGAGCUUCAACCAGAGCUCCAACCUGAUCCGACACCAGCGCAUCCACAGUGGGGAACGGCCCUACACAUGUAGGGAAUGUGGGAAGAGCUUCAGGAAGAGCACCCAACUAAUCCGACACCAGCACAUCCACACUGGGGAACGGCCCUACACCUGUGGGGAAUGUGGGAAGAGCUUCAACCAGAGCUCCACCCUGAUCCGACACCAGCGCAUCCACAGUGGGGAACGGCCCUACACAUGUGGGGAGUGUGGGAAGAGCUUCAGGGACAGCUCCCACCUCCGCACCCACCAUCUUAUCCACACUGGGGAACGGCCCUACACAUGUAGGGAAUGUGGGAAGAGCUUCAGGCAGAGCUCCAACCUGAUCCGACACCAGCACAUCCACACUGGGGAAUGGCCCUACACAUGUGGGGAGUGUGGGAAGAGCUUCAGGCAGAGCUCCACCCUGAUCCGACACCAGCACAUCCACAGUGGGGAACGGCCCUACACGUGUGGGGAGUGUGGGAAGAGGUUUCAGCGCAGUGGGAAUCUCCUCAGGCAUGAGCAGACACACACGGAUGAGAGGCCCUUCCGCUGCACCGACUGCGGGAAGGGCUUCAACCGGAACUCCCACCUCAUCACCCACCGGCGCAUCCACAGCAGGGAGAGGCCCUACAAGUGUGGGGAGUGUGGGAAGAGCUUCACCCAGAGCGGUAACUUGACCUCACACCAAUGGACCCACCAGUAAGGGAAACCCUGCGAGUGCCCCGACUGCGGGAAGAGCUUCGGCCGCUGCUUCCACCCCGAAUGAAGCCCCUGAUGGUGAAGCAACCCCUGGAGUGCAGUGACUGUCAGUCCAUCCCUUUCGACCACAAAGGGCCAGUCCCCUUUCCCAGGGGCAGCUUCUUCCAACAGAACCCUUCCUGGGGGGUGUGUGGAGAUUCCUGCCUUGGCUGGGGACCCCCAAAGGUCACUGCUGGAGGUUGAGAGCAGAGAUCUCCCCACCAGCGUUGGUCUGGGGGAGUUCCAUCCAUCUCUAAUUAAGAAUUAUUGCUUUUGUGCCAGCUUGAGUAGAAUGGCUUCAACAAUUGCUUUAGUGUAGAGCACUGUCCUAUCUUACCCUGUACUCCUGGUAGUUUUAGUGUUUGUAUUGUGCAGUAAAUAAUUCUGAUGAAGAUCUUUUGUCUGAUCGUUUGUAACCCUAAAUAAAUUCAUUUCUAUCAAUA